CGGCAUUCACUGAACAACACCACUCACGCUGCCUUAAAGCAUAUAAUCUAUAUAACCUUGAAACUUUCUGCUUGGGCUUCGUCAGAAGUGGAGGUCAAAGCAAGUGGUUGAAGCCAGCAUUCAGGGCAAAGCGGAAACAUGCCAAGAGGCAUGUUUCUGCUACUGCUCACAGCCCUUGGGGCUGUGAGUGUGGCGAACUCGGCGGUCAUAAGUUGCCCGGCCGUGGCUGGCUACACCUUCUAUCGCCUGCAAGAAGUCCCUGCCGCGUACACCAUCCAGACGCUGACCGUUACAACUCCCGCCACCAUUGCCACUACCUGCGCCAGCACAAUGUCGUGUAAUGCCUUCACGACCCUGGGCGAGCUGUUGAUUGUGCCCAUGAAGCCCGUGUUCACCCAAAUGGAUGUCGUCGAUGCCACCCUUACGAACUGCGAUGGCAUCUACGUGGCCGCCUCCAGCACUCGAUCCCUCACUGGCCUGGAUCCGACCAAGGUGUCUCUCAGCGCCAUUACCACCGCCGGCAACAAAUCGGCCCGUAACAUGAACGCUGCGAUCGCAGCGGCCAACAAUGUCAAGACCCAGCUGAAUGGCAAGAAUGUCAAGACCAUGACCACGACCGACCUGGCCAGCGCUUUCAAGGCCGCUGUGACCCCGCAAGCCCAAGCCAACGACACGAUUGGCAGCUACACGUUGACUGAUGUCAUGGCUGCAAUUACCGAUCCUGCUUGGGACUCCCGCAACGUUGUGAACGGCAGCACCUACAACUUCAUUAGUAGCGUGAAGGACCAGGGCAGCUGCGGCUCCUGCGUAUCCUUUGCCGUGACCUCGACUGCGGAGGCGGCCGUUGCUACGGUUAGCAAGAUGACAACCAACACCAACGAUUACUCUGAGCAGUGGCUCUUCUUCUGCGGGGUGACAACCAGCGUCCCAACUUGCAACACCGGCUGGUACGGCGGCGCAGCCGUUUCGGUGAUCGCAUCUAAGAACAUCCCGUACGAGAUUAACUACCCUUACGUGCCUUCCUCAACAACUCCUUGCGCCCUGAAGUCGUCGCCUGAGAUCCGCGCUGGCGGCAGCUUCUCAUGGACUUCCUAUGCUGAUCUUACCCUGGCCAAGGCGCAUAUCCGCAACUACGGCUCGGUGACAACCUACUUUGCUGUCUUCAACGACUUCUUCUACUGGUCUGCCACCUCUGCGCCCUAUGCCUGGGACGGGGUCAGCCCUCUUGCCGGUUACCACCAGGUUACAGUUGUGGGCUACGAUGACACAGGCUCCUACUGGAUCGUCAAGAACAGCUGGGGAACCGGCUGGGGUGACAAGGGCUACAUCCGCAUGUCGUACAGCAACGGCUGCGGUCUCAUGUCGGGCGAUGGCGAUAACAUUAUCGGAAUGACCUGGACACCUUCCGGUGUGUCCUCGCCACCUCCACCCCCUCCGCCCAUGUCUCCUCCGCCUCCUUCUCCCCCACCGCCCAAGUCUCCACCGCCUCCGCCGCCUCCUUCUCCCUCACCCAAGUCUCCACCACCCAAGGUCUCCCCGUCGCCCCCGCCAAACGUCCGUGUGUCCCCGUCCCCACCACCUCUCAAGUCGCCUCCACCCACGCUGUCCCCGCCUCCACCCACGCUGUCCCCGCCUCCCCCGCUUCGUUCUCCACCCCCUCCACCCGUCUCGUCUCCGCCGCCUCCUGUCCCGUUCUGCGGAGAUGGCAUUUGCCGUGGCAAUGAGACCUGCUCCAGCUGCCCUUCUGAUUGCGGAACUUGCGCUGUGUGCGGAGACGGAAAAUGCAAUGGUGGCGAGACUUGCCUGACUUGCCUUAAGGAUUGCGGCAUCCUCCAGAGCAAUGGCAACCGCACCUGCUGCGGCGAUGGCAUUUGCUCGGCGGGUGAGACCAACGCCCUUUGCAGCAGCGACUGUCCUCUCAAUGUUUGCAAGCGCAACGGAAUCUGCGAGUACAGCGCUGGCGAGCGCUGCUACAACUCCGCCACAAAGACUGGCUGCCUUGACUGCGGCUACUGCUCCUCAGCCUACUACUGCGGCGACGGAAAGUGCACACGAACCCGCUCGUACUCCGAGGGAUGCUACACAUGCGCCAAGGACUGCGGCGCAUGCUCAUCCGCUAAUGGUGCCGGCAGUACUCCCAACUCAGGGCUCUACUGCGGUGACGGCAUCUGCAACAAUGGCGAGACGAAGGAUACAUGUCCCCGAGAUUGCCAUGGACCUUCGGCUCUCUGUUACCCCGCGCCCGGCACUCCCUACACAAGCGAGGUCUCGGGCAACAGUGGUAAUGUGAACUGCAACAGCAACGCAAGUGGCAGGCGAAUGUUGUCUGUGAACGCGUAAUUGGGUACCCGCUCGUAUUUAUGUUUAGGCCGUUAAUCACCUUGAUUCAUGCACGCCUCCUGGUUGCAUACGCUCAUGCUUGGAUUUAACCUGCAAGCGCUCCGACAUAGCAGCUGAAGGGCCCUACAUAUGUGGGCAGUACCCUGGAUCCAAGGCGCUUGUCGUGGACUCGUAUAAAAACAAGUUAGCGCAAAGCCACAGCUGACGGGGGAGGCCAAUCGUUUGCUUCUGAUCCAGUUAUGGAUGGAAUGUGUUUGGCCUCUAUAGCAUCAGACAUGGGCGGCCCAAUCGUGUUUUUCCUGUUGAAGAAGUCAUGUUUGGCCUUGGCAUGGUUGGAAGAUUUGGACAGUGUCGUAUUCAUGGCAGGUGCGAGACAGUGCAAUCCGAUCUACAGCCGAGUUGUGCAACCCGCAUUCCGGGGGUAGUUUAGCUAAUAAGCGUACAUGUUUCAUCGCCACGUCCUUCAUAUAUACCAGCAAUUCAUCUGGGUGGUGUGACAUGGGCGAAUCCAUGCCUCGGCGCCGGUUAUGCCAGAAGAAGUGCUUGUUUGCAGGUUCCUGCGGUGGAUAAAGUUCGGUUGGCGGUUAGGUUUCUUUGCAUAGUUUAGGCAAAUUAGGACAUGUUACUUGAUGCCGUUAUAUUGAGGCAUCAUGGUAUGGGUCUUUGUAGGUUAGUGAUAUUAUAUUAAAGAAGGCACACGUUGCUUCAUUACGUUUGUAACUUCCAAAUAUGUUGUUUCCUGGGGACUCUUUGCUUCUUACUUAGUUGAGUAGACGGUUGCCGUUGUAUGGACGCCUAUUUGGCCUUGCAACGCUAGCCCGUAUACGUACCAAUUAUGUG